GCUUGGAGCGCUUUGCUUGCCUAGCGUCUCCCCGUUACAUUGGGCACUCCUGGGGUGGGGGUGGGGGGAGAGGGAGGGAGCGCGUCCUGCCUCUUGCUGUGGCCCCAGAGCCUGGUACAGAGUCUAGUACAGCGCUUGGCACACAGUGAUGGAUGGAUGGAAGGAUGCUGUGCAAAGGUGUCGGGCGCUGAAGGCGGAAGAGGAUGGAGGUGGCAUAAGGGAGGACCCUCUCUGGGGGGCCGGGGUAGCCGCAGCUAAUCUGCCCUUCUAGCAUCCUCGUUCAGGCUCUGGGUUUCACGUCUGAGGCCAACUCGGUCCAUCCACAAGUCGUGUGCCUGCCCAGUGCUCCUGUGCGUCGGACUCGGCGCUGGACUUCUCCGCGGUGCUGGGCUGUCCUUCAGCUUCCCAGCCGGCCACAUACAGGGCCAGUGGAACUGAGCGGCGCCUGCGCUGCUGCCCCCAACCAGCAGGAGGCGCGGCGCCGCUCCGGGCCCGGGCUUGGCGAAGAAGGCUCUCGUGCCGACUCCGCCUCUUUGCUGGCCUUAGCUCCGGAAGUACUCGGGCGCCGGCCUCCUUCGCCGGCCCGGAAGUGAGCGGCUGGAGCCCGGCGUGACUUUGAGCUGCACCUGCUGCGCCUGCGUUGGUACUGCCGGUGCCGGGAGACUCGGCUGCCCGUCAGUCCGAGCGUCCUUCAGGCGCAACAUGUGGUUACUUCGAAUCCGGACGGCGCUGAGGGGCCGCGGGCCUCGGUUCGGGAGACAGGUGAGCUGGAAGAGCUGUCGGUGGUGUUCAGCGGUCGUUCCCAAUGAGAAGAUCCGCAACAUUGGCAUCUCCGCCCACAUUGAUUCUGGGAAAACAACGUUAACGGAGCGUGUGCUUUACUAUACUGGAAGAAUAGCCCAAAUGCAUGAGGUGAAAGGUAAAGAUGGAGUCGGCGCCGUCAUGGAUUCCAUGGAGCUGGAGCGGCAGCGAGGAAUCACCAUUCAGUCUGCAGCCACCUAUACCAUGUGGAAAGAUGUGAACAUCAACAUCAUAGACACACCUGGGCACGUGGACUUUACCAUAGAAGUGGAGAGGGCCCUGCGCGUGCUGGACGGCGCCGUCCUGGUCCUCUGUGCUGUCGGCGGCGUCCAGUGCCAGACCAUGACGGUCAAUCGGCAGAUGAAGCGUUACGGUGUGCCGUUUCUCACUUUCAUUAAUAAACUGGACCGACUGGGCUCCAACCCGGACAGAGCCCUGCAGCAGCUCAGGUCUAAGUUGAAUCAUAAUGCAGCAUUUGUCCAGAUACCCAUUGGCUUGGAGGGUAAUUUUAAAGGCAUCAUAGACCUCAUUGAGGAGCGGGCCAUAUACUUUGAUGGAGACUUUGGCCAGACCAUCCGAUACACUGACAUCCCGGCGGAGUUUAGGGCAGUGGCGACCGACCACCGCCAGGAACUCAUCGAAUGCGUGGCCAAUUCAGACGAGCAGCUUGGGGAGAUGUUCUUGGAAGAGAAGGUCCCCUCGGUGACGGAUCUGAAGCUUGCCAUCCGAAGAGCUACCAUUAAUCGACUGUUUACACCUGUUUUUGUGGGAAGUGCUUUGAAGAACAAAGGGGUGCAGCCUCUUCUAGACGGUGUCCUAGCGUAUCUCCCUGACCCAUCUGAGGUUCAGAAUUUUGCCAUUUUCAACCAAGAGGACUCGGAUGAGAAAUCCAAAGUCUUAAUGAGCUCCAGAAGAGACAAUUCCAAACCCUUUGUUGGCUUGGCUUUUAAACUGGAGGCUGGACGAUUCGGACAGCUGACUUACGUCCGGAAUUAUCAGGGUGAGCUGAAGAAAGGGGAUACCGUCUACAAUACAAGGACAAAGAAGAAGGUCCGAGUGCAGCGCUUGGUCCGCAUGCAUGCAGAUAUGAUGGAGGAUGUUGAAGAAGUUUAUGCUGGAGACAUUUUUGCCCUGUUUGGCAUUGAUUGUGCAAGUGGAGACACAUUCACAAACAAAGACAAUAUGGAUCUUUCCAUGGAAUCCAUCCAUGUUCCUGAUCCUGUCAUUUCUGUCUCAAUGAAGCCUUCUAACAAGAAUGACCUAGACAAGUUCUCAAAAGGCAUUGCCCGAUUUACAAGAGAAGACCCUACCUUUCGGAUCCACUAUGAUAUUGAAAGCCGGGAGACAAUCGUUUCUGGAAUGGGAGAAUUACACUUGGAGAUUUAUGCUCAGAGGAUGGAGCGAGAGUACGGCUGCCCGUGUGUCACUGGAAAGCCCAAAGUCGCCUUCAGAGAAAGCAUCACUGGCCCUGUCCCGUUUGACUUUACUCAUAAGAAACAAUCUGGUGGUGCUGGCCAGUAUGGGAAAGUGAUAGGUGUCUUAGAACCUCUAGAACCUGAGGCGUACACCAAACUGGAAUUCUUGGAUAAAACUUAUGGGACAAAUAUUCCAAAGCAGUUUAUUCCUGCCAUAGAAAAGGGGUUCUUGGAUGCGUGUGAGAAGGGCCCCCUCUCUGGUCACCGGAUAUCUGGAGUACGGUUUGUAGUACAAGAUGGCGCACACCACAUGGUGGAUUCUAACGAGAUCUCUUUCAUCCGUGCUGGGGAAGGCGCGCUUAAGCAAGCCUUGGCCAACGCCACGCUGUGCAUCCUCGAGCCCGUGAUGUCGGUGGAGGUGGUCGCCCCUAACGAGUUCCAGGGCACUGUGAUUGCGGGGAUCAACCGCCGCCACGGCGUGAUCACGGGCCAGGACGGCGUAGAGGACUUCUUCACUCUGUACGCAGAGGUCCCUCUGAACGAGAUGUUUGGCUACGCCACCGAGCUCCGCUCCUGCACCGAGGGGAAAGGGGAGUACACGAUGGAGUACUCCAGGUACCAGCCGGCCUCGGCCGCCACCCAGGAAGAGCUCGUCCACAAGUACCUGGAGGCCACAGGGCAGCUCCCGGUCAAGAAGGGGAAGGCCAAGAGCUGACGGGCCUGCUGUCGCCUCCGCUCCCACCUCGAAGGACUCGGGCUGGGCACGGAAGCCGGAGCCUCGCGGGGGUCCCCUUUCAUUCAGAGCCCAGAGAGCCGGUGGCGUGUAAAUGACGGCCGGGGAUGGGUGUUCGGCUUACUGUAAAUGUCUAUUAAAAACGAGAUUAUGCUGCA